AUGACAGAAAGCGCGACAAACAAACUAGCCAACGGAAACGGCUGCCAUCGGACCUCAAACGGGAAACACGUAACGAAAAAUGGCUUCGUGAAGACCCACUGUCUCUUCCAACAACCCCCGAAGAAGUAUCGUCGCCCCGGAGAAAAGAAUGUCCCGUACAACGCCAGCCUGUACAAGAGGCCCUUUGUGGAGUCUUUUGAGGAGACACCCUUGAUAGUGGCCGUGCUCACCUACGUGGGCUAUGGCAUCCUGACGGUGUUCGGCUACCUCCGCGACUUCCUCCGCAGCUGGAGCAUCGAGAAGUGCAACGUGGCCUGUGAGCGAGAGGAGCAGAAGGAUUUCGUCCCGCUGUACCAGGACUUUGAAAACUUCUACACUCGAAACCUGUACAUGAGGAUCCGGGACAACUGGAACCGGCCCAUCUGCAGCGUCCCAGGAGCCAAGAUGGACCUGAUGCACAGAGUCUCCCCGGACUAUAACUGGACCUUCCAGCACACGGGUCAUGUGGUGAAGGAUGUAAUCAACAUGGGCUCGUACAACUACCUGGGCUUCGCAGAGAAAAUUGGACCCUGCGCUGAGGCCGCUCUCGAAGCCACUCACAAGUACGGAGCGGGAGUCGGUAGCACCCGCUGUGAGAUGGGCAACCUGGACAUUCACAAGGAGAUGGAGCAGCUGGUUGCCCGGUUUCUUGGCGUGGAGUCAGCGAUGGCGUUUGGCAUGGGCUUUGCUACAAAUUCCAUGAACAUUCCUGCACUGACGGGAAAGGGUUGUCUCAUCCUAAGUGACGAGCUGAAUCAUGCAUCUCUGGUCCUGGGCGCGCGUCUGUCCGCCUCAACUAUCCGUGUCUUCAAACACAACAAUAUGCAGAGCCUGGAGAAGCUUCUGAGGGAGGCCAUUGUUUACGGGCAGCCGAGAACGCAUCGACCCUGGAAGAAGAUCCUCAUUGUGGUGGAGGGCAUUUACAGCAUGGAGGGCUCCAUCGUGCGCCUCCCGGAGAUCAUCGCCCUGAAGAAGCGUUACAGAGCUUACCUGUAUCUGGACGAGGCUCACAGCAUUGGAGCCCUGGGACCCAACGGCCGAGGGGUGGUGGACUACUUUGGCUUGGACCCCAAAGAUGUGGACGUCAUGAUGGGGACAUUUACCAAAAGCUUUGGAGCAGCUGGAGGAUACAUCGGCGGCAAAACGGACCUGAUUGAUUACUUGAGGAAACACUCCCACAGUGCAGUGUAUGCCACCUCUAUAUCGCCCCCUGUGGCUCAGCAGAUCAUUACUUCUAUGAAGAUCAUAAUGGGAGAGGAUGGGACACCGCUCGGUGCAGUGCGUUUAAAGCAGCUAUCAGAAAACACUACCUAUUUCCGCCAAAAACUCCGCGAGAUGGGCUUCAUCAUCUACGGCAACGACGACUCCCCCGUGGUUCCCCUGAUGCUGUACAUGCCGGCCAAAAUCGGGGCUUUUGGGCGGGAGAUGCUGAAGAGGAACAUCGGUACCGUGGUGGUGGGCUUCCCGGCCACACCCAUCAUUGAGUCUAGAGCACGAUUCUGCAUCUCGGCCGCUCACACCAGGGAAAUGCUCGACACGGCACUGAGAGCCAUCAGUGAAGUAGGCGACCUGCUGCAGUUGAAGUACUCCCGUCGUGUGCACCGCGCCCCCUCGGUGAGCUGGACGUCCGAGGAAAGCCUGCUCCAGGACUGA